UCUUGUAUGUUUGGCCUCUAUUACAUAAAAACUCUAAUCUAGAGUCCUGAAAGACUUAUUAGCAAAAAUUGUUUCUUUACGGGUAGACAAACCUUUAAGUAAUUGGUUGUUCAACAAAGUGGUUCAAACAACGCGAGCGCUAUAUGAUUGUCUCUGGAGGGUUCAGUCAGGGUCAGCUAGAUAUUGAACUUGUAAUGGCCUUGCCUCGCCGGAGGUCACCGGAAGGACAAUCCCUCGGGACCAAUAGGUAUCUUCUACACACAAAAACUUCGUCGUGGACACGCUAGUGUUUCCAUACAUUUUACGUUUUGGCGUUGGUAUUGUGCGAGGGAUCUCACAGAACAUCGUGAACUUCGACAAAGGCCGUCCGCCCUAGCAGAUGCCUAAAUAAUUAAACGGAUAUAAUUUAUAUAUAAGUAAAACUGAUUAGUGAAUUCGUGUAACAAAAUAUAAUUUAAUUAAGUCCUUUUAUAUGUGAUUCUAGUUUUGUGAAUAUUGACUUAUUUUAAAUUAAGAUGGAAAAAGAGGUGAAACUCUACCCGAAUUGUGACUCUACGGUGUGGUUAAGAUCUUGCGAAGAGGAGAUUAUCAGACCUAUUAAAGGAACCAUUACGGGAGAGAUCCCUCACUGGCUACGUGGAACCUUGAUUCGUAAUGGACCGGGCUCUUUAAAAGUAGGUUCCAUGAGAUACAAACAUCUUUUUGACAGCGCAGCUCUUUUACAUAGAUUUGCAAUCCAAGAUGGCGAAGUGACGUACCAAUGCCGUUUUCUGAAAUCAAACACGUAUAAGAGAAACCAAACUGCUCAGAGGAUUGUCGUCACGGAGUUCGGUACGGCAGCCACACCUGAUCCGUGCCAUACAAUAUUUGACAGAUUCGCUGCAAUGUUCAAACCGGGCGAGUCGUUAACGGACAAUGCAAUGAUAUCCGUGUAUCCAUUUGGAGACGAAAUCUACGCUUUUACUGAGGGUCCUGUCAUACAUAGAAUCGAUCCCACUACACUUGACACGCUGGACCGAAGGAAUCUCACAGAAUGCAUAGCUAUAUUGAACCACACAUCACAUCCUCAUGUCAUGCAAAACGGUGAUGUAUAUAAUGUCGGUAUGUCUGUAAUAGCGGGAAGAAUUAAACACGUCGUUGUCAAAUUUCCUUAUCUUGAUAAAGGGGAUAUGUUUGCAAAGGCGGAAGUGGUCGGAAGUAUAAAACCUCGAUGGUCGUUCCAUCCAGCAUAUAUGCACACUUUUGGUAUAACAGAAAACUACUAUAUAAUAGUAGAGCAACCACUCACUCUAUCUUUGAUGCAAAUGGCCCGGAAUCAGUUGAUCAAUCAACCGCUCGUUACCAGUCUUAAGUGGUUCCAAGAUUACGAGACCCAUAUAAUAUUAAUAAACCGUAAAACAGGAUUUGAAGAAAAACGGUAUACAACUGAAACAUUAUUUUUUCUUCAUAUAAUUAAUUGCUACGAAUGUGACCAGAAGGUUGUGGUGGAUUUGUGUGCUUAUAAGGAUGCCAAAAUAAUAGAUGCUAUGUAUGUAGAUGCUAUAGAGACCAUGCAAACCAAUCCUGAUUAUGCACAGUGCUUUCGAGGUAGACCGAAGAGGUUAGAAAUUGACUUAAGCGAACCCAAUUUAACAAAAAUUAAAUCACGUAUACUAGCUGAUAUUGGGUGUGAAACACCAAGACUGCAUUAUGACAAAUUUAAUGGCCGGCCAUACCGAUACUUUUACGCAAUUGGUUCUGAAGUUGAUGUAGAGCAUACAGGAUCACUGAUAAAAGUGGAUACGAAAACUGGUGAGAUUCUUAUGUGGUGGGAUGAAAACAGCUACCCCAGUGAACCCAUAUUCGUACCAAAACCUGAAGCUAAGGACGAGGACGAUGGUGUCAUUAUUAGUGCUGUUGUCUGUGGUAACGACGAGCGCCGUGUGUCACUGAUAAUAUUGAAUGCUAAAGACCUCACAGAGCUAGCAAGGACCACUUUCACAACACCGUCGCCGGCGCCGAAAUGCCUUCACGGAUGGUUUAUACCCACAAAGGAAUGAAUAUACUAUACCAAACGGUUUAUUUUAUUUUUUAAACCAGUUGUAUUAUCAUAUGAAAAUCAAAUCGCUUACUACUUAUAUAUAUUAAUUGUCAGUCAAUUAACCUUUGGCAGAUUUACACAUGUUGUUAUUAUUUAUAUUUUUUCUUUGGAUUUCAUUUCAUUUAAUUUUAGUUAUAGGUGCAUGUUAUUUCGACUUUUUCUUUUUGUUAAUUAAUUGUGCACUUCUUGUUCUUUACCCUUUGUAGGUGUUUCCUUUUUUAACCUCCCAUAUUAGGGUUGCCUGGAAGAAACUGCUUGUUAGCAAUAAGGCCGCCUGUUGCCUAAUAACUUAUGUAACCUACUUACUUUUUGUUUUCUGUU